GCCGCGGAGAGCACCGCCGUGGGAACCAUGCAGUGUGCAAUCUGGCUGGUGGGACUCGCGUGUCAUCUGUCAACGCUUGUGCGGCUCGCCGCGCAGUACCGGUUACAUCCAAAACAAGAAGUCUUCAUCAAGCAGCUGUCAUCGUACGAGAUCACCAACCCACUGCGGGUCAAUGACUUCGGAGAGUCCUUCCCGCACACGUUGCACUACAAGCGCAGACGCAGAAGUUUAAACGAAGCGGUGUCCGUCCCGCGGCACCACUAUCGGAUCGACGCGUUCGGACAACGCUUCCAACUCAACCUGAGCGCGUAUUCGGACUUCAUCGCGCCCGCCUACGCGGUCACACACUUGGGAGCGCCCGGGGAGAGUCACUCGGAGGAGACCGCGGAUAUUCGCCACUGCUUCUUCCGAGGACACGUCAACUCCCGGGAGGAGCAGCCGGCGGUGUUCAGCCUGUGCACCGGCCUGAUUGGCACUUUCACAACACCAGACGGCGAAUACUUCUUGGAGCCUCUCCUGAGCGCCGAGGGGGAAGAAGAAUACGACGACGAGCAUCACAAACCCCAUCUGGUCUAUCGUCACGAGAGGAAGCGCAACAGCUCCAGCGAAAGAGAGCCUUGUUUGACCUCAGACUACAGCGAGAGAAUCGUGUCGUCGGAGGGUCAGAGGAACAUGAGUGACGAGCUGGACACUCUCCAAGCUGCCAUUGAUGUGCAGAAUGCCAAUGCGUCUGACGAAACUAAGCAUCCGCGCAGACGCAAGCGCUUUCUCUCCUACCCACGCUACGUCGAACUGAUGGUGACGGCUGACGCCAAGAUGGCACGUCACCAUGGACGCAAUCUGGAGCAUUACAUCCUAACAAUCAUGUCAGUAGUAGCAGCAGUGUACAAGGACCCCAGCGUGGGAAACCUCAUCAAUAUCAUGAUUGUAAAGCUGAUCGUCAUCCACAAUGAACAGGACGGCCCCACAGUGAGUUUCAAUGCCGCCACCACUCUGCACAACUUCUGCACGUGGCAGCAGAAGCAAAAUGUCAAGGACGACAGCCACCCCUCUCACCAUGACACCGCACUCCUCAUCACCAGGCAUGACAUCUGCCGCGCAAAAGACAAGUGUGACACUCUUGGGCUUGCAGAACUGGGGACCAUGUGCGACCAAUACCGCAGCUGUUCUAUCAGUGAAGAAAACGGAAUCAGCGCCUCCUUCACCAUUGCUCACGAGUUGGGCCAUGUGUUCAACAUGCCCCAUGACGAUAACCCCAAAUGUCGAGAGGCUGGCAUGAAGCACCAGUAUCACGUCAUGGCGCCCACCCUCAACCAUGACACCAACCCCUGGUCAUGGUCCAAGUGCAGUCGCAAGUACAUCACAGAGUUUCUUGACACUGGUUACGGGGAGUGCCUUUUAGAUGAGCCUGUUGGCAGAACGUAUGAGUUGCCUACCCUUCUCCCUGGUCAAAUCUACAAUGCUAACAGACAAUGUGAACUCAUGUUUGGACCCGGUUCCCAAAUUUGCCCUUACAUGAAACAAUGUAAGAGACUAUGGUGUACAAGUGCAGAGGGGGACCACAAAGGAUGCCGUACACAACACAUGCCGCUGGCUGACGGGACUGAAUGCGGGCAUGGAAUGUAUUGCAGACAUGGCAUGUGUAUCAACAAGGAGCUGCACCUGCAACCAGUCCAUGGGGAAUGGGGUGCUUGGGGGCCUUACAGCGCUUGCUCCAGGUCCUGCGGCGGAGGGACGCGGAGCACCACCAGAGACUGCAAUAAGCCAGAGCCUAGAAAUGGUGGUAAGUUCUGCGUAGGACGACGGAUGAAGUUCCGUUCCUGCAACACCGAGCCAUGUCCGCGAGGUCGAAAAGACUUCCGUGAAGAUCAAUGCUCACAGUUCGACGGCAAGCACUUCAACAUCAAUGGUCUACCUCCAACCGUCCGCUGGGUCCCAAAAUACAGCGGCAUACAAUUAAACGAUCGUUGCAAGCUUUUCUGCCGGGUUGCUGGGACAACGGCGUAUUACCAGCUGAAGGACCGCGUCAUUGAUGGCACGCCGUGUGGCCCGGACACCUACGACAUCUGCGUUCAAGGCCUCUGCAGGCAAGCAGGCUGUGAUCACGUCCUGAACUCAAAGGCCAGGAAUGACAAAUGCGGUGUGUGUGGUGGAGACAACUCAUCGUGCAAAACCCAAGCGGGGACAUUCAACGAUGCUCAGUAUGGCUACAACACAGUGGUCCGCAUCCCAGCUGGUGCUACCAACAUUGAUAUUAAGCAGGUCAGCUACUCCGGAAAGCCAGAAGAUGACAACUACCUCGCAUUAUCUGACAGCAAGUCAAACUUCCUGCUGAAUGGGAACUUUGUGGUGGCCGUGUUCAAGAGGGAAAUCACCUUCAAGGGAACGGUCAUCGAGUACAGUGGCUCUAACACCAAAGUGGAGCGUAUCAACUGCACUGAUCGAAUUGAAGAGGAGCUCGUACUACAGGUCUUAUGUGUGGGAAACCUUUACAACCCGGAUGUCCGCUAUUCCUUCAACAUACCCAUCGAGAAGCACAGAGAGCAGUUUGUCUGGGAUCCCUCGGGCCCUUGGCUGGAGUGCAACCGCAUUUGUCAGGGUGAACGGCGGCGGAAGGCAGCUUGUGUGCGGAAGAGCGAUCACCUCGAGGUUUCAGACCAGAGAUGUGAACAUUUACCUCGACCCGUCACUAUCACUGAGUCCUGCAACAACGACUGUGAAGUUAGGUGGCAUGUUGCCGGGAAGAGUGAAUGUUCAGCAAAGUGCGGUGCAGGUUACCGCAGCCUGGACAUACAGUGCAUGAAGUACAACCUGAUGAAGAGGCAAAGCGAAAGAGUGGAGGCCUCUGCCUGUGUCGACGUGGUCAAACCUGCAACUCGAGAGAGUUGCCAUGGCGAUUGUCUUCUCAAGAGCUGGCAAUACAGUUCAUGGUCACAGUGCUCCAAGACGUGUGGACGAGGGAGUCGAAAUCGAGAGUCGUACUGCAUGAACAAUCUUGGCCGGCGACUGGUAGACAGUGAGUGUAGUGAAUACCAGAGAGUGGUCAUGGAAGCCUGCAAUGACCAGCCGUGUCCUAAGUGGACUGUCAGCGAGUGGAGUGAGUGCCAGGUCACUUGUGGUAAAGGGAAGAAGCACAGGCAGGUUUCGUGCAUUGGUGCGGCCCGGGAAGAAAAGCUGAGUGAGCAUUUGUGCGACUCGUCAAGCAAGCCUCCCUCAGUCGGGACCUGUGAGCUGCCUGAAUGCGCAUCCUGGCAGGUUGGCGCGUGGGGAGCGUGUGCAGUCACCUGUGGCCAUGGCUACCAGAUGCGGGCAGUGAGGUGUGUAUCAGGGGACUAUGGAAACACAGUGGAUGACAGAGAGUGCAACGCCGCCGCCAGGCCUAGAGACAGUCAGGACUGUGAAAUGCCAGCGUGCCCAUGGGCCUCUCCGGUUCAAAGCACACCUCCACCUGACAACUCUGCUCAGCUCCGGACUCAGUGGAGAUAUGGCUCAUGGACAGCAUGCUCUGCAACAUGUGGAAAAGGGAAGCGGGCGCGCUAUGUCAGCUGCAGAGAUGCCCAGGGGGGCGUGGCCGACGAUUCCUAUUGCGUCCACCUGCCCCGACCACCGGAGACCUCUGCCUGCUUCAGCCCCUGUGGCCAAUGGCGUGCCGGGGAGUGGUCUCCCUGUUCCGUGACAUGUGGUGCCGGAAGGUCCACCCGACAGAUCUUAUGCUCCAACUAUCACCUGCCCGUGGAUGAGUCCUUCUGCGACCCAGACGAGAAGCCUGCGAUGGAGCAGGAGUGCACUGCUGUGGCCUGUUCCUCGAUCCGCCAGCGCAUCAAUGACCAGCCGUACGGAUACCCCAAGGACCCGAGGAGCCAUCCAGGCCACAACAGCUGGAAUGUGCCGUCAACGGACAACCAGUGGAGGACUGGACCGUGGGGCGCAUGUUCCAGCACCUGCGCGGGGGGCUUCCAGAGGCGAGUGGUGGUCUGCCAGGACGGCGAUGGUCGCAGCAACAGCUACUGUGACGAAAGGGUCAAACCGGCGGAGUCCAAAAGCUGCAACUCAGGGCCCUGCCCGCUGUGGAACUACGGCGUCUGGGGAGAGUGCACUCAGAGUUGCGGAGGUGGACGGCGAACCCGUCUGGUGGUUUGCCAGAGACCCAGCGGCGAGCGGCUCAAUGACUACAACUGUGACAUCCUGGACAAGCCGCUGGACAUGGAGCAAUGCAACCUGCAGCCUUGCGUGGGCUCCGCCUCCUGGCACCGCAGACCAUGGAAGCCGUGUUCUGUGUCCUGUGGGCGGGGCAUCAAGCAGCGGGAGAUCACCUGUGUGGAUCAGAACCAAACCAAAAUAGAAGAGGAACACUGCGCUCCCCUUCCUCGUCCCCGGGCCGAGAAAGCCUGUCGGGCCCGCGGUUGCCCCACGUGGAAAGCCAACAGGUGGAGCAAGUGUUCCGUCACAUGCGGAAUGGGAAUCCAGAGCCGAGGCGUUUACUGCAGGCUCAAAGGCAGCGGAAAGGUCAGAGAAGAUCUAUGUGAUGCUCCAUCACGGCCUGCCGUUAUCCAGGGGUGCCAAGCUGCAGAAUGCACCCAUUACACUUGGGUUGCCGCUCCGUGGAAAGAAUGUAAUGCCACCUGUGGAGGCGGUGUGAGGAGCAGGAAGGUGGACUGCGUGGGUCCGAGGAUGACCCCGGCGCAGGUGGAUUACUGCGAACCGGCGUCCCGACCGGCGUCACGUCAGCCGUGCGAAGCCGUGCCGUGCCGCCACGUGUGGACUACGGGGGAGUGGUCGCAGUGCUCCUCUAGCUGCGGCAUUGGCUACCAGCAGCGUGCCGUCUCCUGCUCGACGACACCUUCCUCUCAGGCUACAAAUCCUUACGCCACUGGGUCAGCCGCCACAGGUAACCAUUGCCCGGAACCCAGGCCUCUGAGCACUAGGCCGUGCCUCAUCAAAGACUGCCCGCAGGCCUCCUACUGGAAAGUUGGCCCUUGGCGCAAGUGCUCUCAGACGUGCGGGGCAGGGGUGAUGGAGCGCAGUGUGGAGUGUGUGACCGCAAAAGGAGCAGCGUCUAAGCAGUGCCGUCCUUCAGAAAGACCAGAGUCUCAAGCUGCGUGUCAAGAGGGCGAAUGCCAGUUGUUCACUUCCUGCCGUGAGGUCCAGAUACGACAGAGUGUCAGAAUGGACGGGGAAUAUUAUCUCAAAGUCAAGUCCCGCAUCCUACAGAUUUACUGCGCAGAAAUGCAAACUGAUUUCCCUAAGGAAUAUGUGACACUUCGCAGUGGCCAGACGGACAAUUACUCGGAAGUGUACGGCUACAGGCUCCUAAACCCCUUCGAAUGCCCCUACAAUGGUAGCAGAAGACAGGACUGCAACUGCAGGAAUGACUACACCGCGGCGGGGUACACCCUCUUCCACAAGGUCCGCCUGGACCUGACCAACCUAAGGAUAUUGCUUACCGACCUGCGCUUUUCCCAAACUCCUGUUGGUCGACCUGUGCCUUUUGCUACAGCAGGGGACUGUUACAGUGCCGCAAAGUGUCCACAGGGCCAGUUCAGCAUCAAUCUAAUUGGCACUGGGUUCAGAGUUGCUGAGGCCACCAAAUGGUCAUCUCAGGGCAACUAUGUUUCUGUCAAGGUACACAGGUCCGAGGUAAGGAACUGUUUGAAAAAUUGUUUUCAAAUAAGCAGAAAACUGUCAGGGAGUUGGUGGAUUCAUCUGACCCAGUGCUUCUCAAUUAUUUUCUGUUACGCCCCCCCCAAGGAAGACGUAAAUGUUUCGCGCCCCCCCCAAACUCUCUGCCGCCACUGUAAUAGUAUAAUUUGUCUAUAAAAUUACCAUUAUAAAUACGCAUCUGCCUAACAUUGUGUCCUUUUUUCCCUAAUAAAGAAAAAAAGUAACAUAGAUCAACUUAUAAUAAAGUAUAACUUUAUUAACAUUGUUUUGUUUGUAACAGAGAAGACUUGACGCGCAUCAGUUUGCCUGAAUAAAAAAAAAAAAAAAGUCCCAUCCAAAUUAAAAAAUACACUCAAGGAACAUUUUUUACCAUUUGAUACAGAAAAAUAAAAUGUAAUAAAAUCAGUAAAUAAUAACAAAUUAAAAUUGAUUAGAAACAUUCAAUCAUGACGACAAUAUGCCCAAAAAAAUUGACCGAAAAAACAAAACUGAAUAAAAGAGAAAAAAAAAAAGCGUCCUUGGACAGAAGGACAGUUUCUAUUUUUGUACCUCCUUUGCAAUGGUGUGGAGUUAUCUUGCAAUGAGCAUGCUAACAAUGCUAAUGGGUUUACUGAUAUUACACUGACAAAACAGAACGAUUGUUGGAAAUAUUCGGCCGUUUUCGCUGAAAAACAAUCAAGCGGCUUAUCAAUGAGAUUGGGGUCUAAUGUAUUCAAGUGGCGUCUUAAUUGUUUUGGCUUCUGGCUGUCCGCUAUAAUUAUUUUUAGACACAGUAAACAGUGGUCUUUCCUCAUUACCCACUGUAGUAAAAGUCAAAACUAAAAGGCAAACGGCACGAAAAAAACGCAUUCUCGGCGGCCGAGGUAGAACCGUAGGUGAGGGCGGUCGUCGUGACGAUUCCAAGCCGAAAAUGGCACUUUUCGGGCGGCGACGUGAGAACCGGACAAGACAGUGGGUCGCUGCGUGAGUUAGUCCGGUCGGAAAACGGCUUUCGAAAACAGCGGCGGAGCACUGCUCUUCAUAUGUUUUCUGUGUGUGCUGAGUGCUCUUCCUUAGUUCAUAAAUACUGCGCGCACUCUGAAAAGGAGAGCGCCACUGCCACAGUGGAUGUGCAAGUACACUUUAUUCCAGUACGGCAAAAAAAAAAAAAAAAAGGAGAAAAAAAAAACAUAUUCCCCGAGGUCACAUGCGCCCCCCCUGGCAUCGCUCUGCGCCCAGGGGGGAGAAGUACUGAUCUGACCUAUCUAACCUUAGCUUGUGCUGUUCUACUUUGCAGGACGGGACGAGAAUCUACGGCCGCUGUGGCGGUUUCUGCGGGAAAUGCAUUCCGCAGGCACACAGCGGCCUCCUUCUUCAAGUCCAUUGAGGAUUCUGAAGACAGCUGACCAACAAGAACUUGAAGAAUACUGGUUGGUAACACGGCAUUGACAUCUGCCAGUGUGUUGAAAAACAGUCCCUGACUUGACCAAAUCACAUGGCAACUGUGAUUUUAUGGUGCCAUUAAAGUGGAACUGUUCAUAUUUGAAAGAAUGAUUGAUAAUCAAAGACGCCGGAAACCGUCUUGUGACACACAAAGGGACACAGUCCUUCACCUGACUGACUGCGAAUGCAACCAAAUGUUUCAAUGUUUAUUUCCCUGACAGGAUACAAUUUAAGCAAUCGUCUUCAAGGAAUAGCUUACAAUUAUGACACUCAUGACUGUUUACCUUGAUAUGUACAGUCUCAGCAAACUCGGCUUAUUUAGCUUUUCUACGCAAACCUGUGCUUGACCUCGCUGCUUUGUUUUGUUAAGUGCCGUGGCUUGUCCCUUGUAAACAUACUCGGUUUCCUUAAGUUGAGCUUGUUUUGUGUGUUUUGCUUGUCUCAGCUAAAGAUAACUUAAAAUAACAAAGUAACUUUAGUUUAGCGUUUUAGGUCAUCACUAGUUUUAACCACUCUAUUUUUACCCAGCCUAGCCUCAUUUCCUCAUUUCUCCUCGGUCUAGGCCAACCUUAGCCGGACCUAGCCUGCCCAUUGACUGGGUUGCUUUUAGCUUAGACAAGCUAAAACAGGCUUAUUUUAUAGCUUAUGCUUACCUAGCUUUGUUUUGUUUGCAACAUAAGAAAAAGAUUUGGGACCGAGUUGUCUGAUGUUACGUCGUGACUAACACGCUGUUAGUCUUUGUCAUUUGCACAACAAUUUCUUACACGCAGUGUUGUUUUCGUCAACGAUGACAACAACGAAAAUAUUUCGUCGACAAACAAUUUUUUCAUGAGAAUGACGAGAUGAUAACGAGCGAAAAACGUGUCUUGGGAGACUAAAACAUAACGACACGGGAGACUAAAACAUAACGACACAAAUGCCAGUUUCCGUCUGUCAAGACUAAAACGAUACAAAUGUGCGCCAUAGUUUCCAUUACAUGUUCACAAUGACUGACAUUUUAUGUGUAGUUACCCUAUAUUGUAGCAGUGUCUGGUUGUCUCACUCAUGUUACGUGCUGCGCCCCUCUCAACUCACCCAUUAGUGUCCUCUCCAGUCUUCCCAUUGCUUGUUUUGAGACACACACGGUAAAAUUUGUUCUUUUUACCUUAGCAAGAAAGAAUAUGCACCCUUGCUUUAGCCUUUAAAGGUCUGUGCUGAGUGAUCAUCACACAUUAAAUGUAACUCAUAGCGUUAGCAUAGGAUUCGCAUUCAGGUUAGCAUUAGGCUAUUGCUAGCGUCUUUUAAAACUCUCAGACAUUUUUUUUUUUUUUUUUUUUACAUACAGUUCGUGGCGACCAGGUGGGUAUAAAUAAUUGAAAAUAAGGUACUCCUUUCCUGCUGAGUGUGUAUUAUCACGUGAUAGAUUUGUAGAUACUACAAUAGGUGCUCGCCUGUCAAUGUUUAUCCGAAAUAGUUGAUCUUUUUUUAUUUAUUUAUUGUUGGAGUGAAAAUUUUCACAUACAAAAAUAUUGAGUAAACGUCGACUAAAACUGGCCGAAAUUAGUCUGAUUUUUCGUCAACAAAAACUAGACAAAGACAAACACAUUAUGAAAUGACUAAAAUAUGACUAGGACUAAUAAGUAUUAUCGUCCAAAAGACUAAGACGAAAGUUAAAAUGGUUGCCAAAAACAACACUGCUUAUACGUCGUGAUUGUGGGAUGUACAUGGUGCUGCAAUUAAAAUACAUCAUGAAUAGCAUAAAUAAUUUCUCUAACCAUUGACCUCCCUUAAAUUUGAGGUUGGCGAAUUAGCUAUUGUCAGAAGAAGAUAAUGACUAAUCCGAGCCAAACGACUGGAAGUACCCGUCCGCCAUUGCUGAGGUGUGCCGCCACAGCACACAGCCAACAGCAGCUAACGGUACCGUUUACAUUGACUGACGCUGGGCAGCUAUAGGUGUGUAAACACCACAGUAAUGGCGGCCAACCACUGGAGGACAAUAAAUACAAAUAGCUACUCAGAUUAGUCCAUAGCCCACUGUAUUUUGUAUCUUUCCACUUAAAAGUACUACAAAAAAAAAAAAACAUAGGAAGACCACUCACCGAGAACACAUGAUAACUAUAUUUGUAGAUGACACUUUUAUGUUUUUGUCUUUUUGACUCUUUUGCCUUUUAGGUGCGUACUACCUUAUAUACGCACAUUACCCACAUCCCCUACCUCUGUGUAUUUAUGUUUGACCAUAUUUAUUCUGGACCCGCUUUGUGUUGACCAUUGCAAAAUCAGAAAUAGACUUUGUCAUUAGGUUGUUAUUGUUUAUGUAUCCGCUUUCAAGCAAGUGUUUAUAACCACUAACCUCCUGAAUGGUGCUUUUCAAGACUACUAGAUAGAAUAAUUACCUCACAAAUACUGGCCGUCAGGGUUUGGGUUACAAAUAUAGAAUUGUCAAUAUAUCAACAAAAGUGGUUGGACAUACAGUCAUGGACAAAGGUUAUGGUACAAUCAAAAGGAAUUAUUAUAUAUUAAUUUCCUGUUCCUUAUUGAGCCAAGACACAUACACUGCUGGCCAAAAGUAUUGGUACCCUUCCAAUUCUGUCAGAUAAUGCUCAAUUUCUCCCAGAAAAUGAUUGCAAUUACAAAUCUCUGCUAGUAAUACCUUAAUUUAUUUUGCUUACAAUUAAAAAACAAAAAAGAGAAUGAAAAAAAAAUUAAAUCAUUAUCAUUUUACACAAAACUCCAAAAAUGGGCCGGACAAAAGUAUUGGCACCCUCAGCCUAAUACAUGGUAGCAUAACCUUUAGACAAAAUAACUGCGAACAACCGCUUCUGGCAUCCAUCAAUGAGUUUCUUAUUAUGCUCUGCUGGGAUUUUAGACCAUUCUUCUUUGGCCAACUGCUCCAGGUCUCUGAGAUUUGAAAGGUGCAUUCUCCAAACUGCCAUUUUCAGAUCUCUCCACAGGUGUUCUAUGGGAUUCAGGUGUGGACUCAUUGCUGGCCAUUUUAGAGGUCUCCAGUGCUUUCUCUCAAACCAUUUUUGAGUGCUUUUUGAAGUGUGUUUUGGGUCAUUGUCCUGCUGGAAGACCCAUGACCUCUGAGGGAGACAUAGCUUUCUCACACUGGGCCUUAUACAUUAUGCUGCAAAAUUUGUUGGCAGUCUUCAGACUUCAUAAUGACAUGCACAUGGUCAAGCAGUCCAGUGCCAGAGGCAGCAAAGCAACCCCAAAACAUCAGGGAACCUCCGCCAUGUUUGCCUGUGGGGACCGUGUUCUUUUCUUUGAAGGUCUCGUUUUUUUCCCUGUAAACUCUAUGUUGAUGCCUUUUCUCAAAAAGCUCUACUUUUGUCUCAUCUGACCAGAGAACAUUCUUCCAAAAUGUUUUUUGCUUUCUCAGGUAGGUUUUGGCAAACCACAGCCUGGCUUUUUUAUGUCUCUGGGUCAGAAGUGGGGUCUUCCUUGGUAUCCUACCAUAGAGUCCCUUUUCAUUCAGACGCCGAAGGAUAGUACGGGUUGACACCAGGGGCGGACUGGGACUAAAAAGCAGCCCUGGACUUUGACUCGGCCCAACCCACAAGAAUCGCUAUACGAAGGGAAACACAGACCCCUAGGGGUCUGGGGGCAUGCCCCCCGGAAGACUUUUUUUUUUUUUUUUUUUUACAUUUUAUUGUAAAAUGCAUCAAUUUCGUGCACUUUGAGAGAAAAUGAAGAAAAUGUGUCUAGACUGUAACUGACUUGGGGCGCUCAAAGUACUGCAAGGCUGAACUGGAGUUGGGCUCAUUUUCUGUACUAGCUCUAUGAUCAACCUGAAAAACAAAUGAAAUAAUUUAUUUUUCAAAGCAAGUUUUAUGUAUCUAAUUUAUUAUAAUAUAUCCCUAUAUAUCUGUCUAUAAAAUGAUUUCAUUGUUUAUGCCACAAUUCAGUGGUCUCCAAACUAUUCCACUUAGGGCCGCAGUGGGCGCAGGAUUUCAUUCCAACAAAACAAGACAACACCUAUGCACCAAUCUGGUGUCUUACAUGUGCAAUCAGUUGAUUGCAGUCAGGUGCUGCUUGUUUUAGCAGAAACUUCCUUGGUUAAACUGUCGGUACUCGAUCGGUUGAAACAAAAACCAGGCCCCACUGCGGCCCUUGAGGACCGGUUUGGAGACCCCUGCCAUAAUUAAUCUUGCCAUACAAAUAAUAAAUUUCAAUGAAAAUACAAUAAACAUUUCAAGAUAAAUCCUGGAUACAUAACCUUCAUUGGAAAGUAUUAACCAGAAAACAAAACGAUAUAUACAUGAUUUAAAAAAAUAUAUCAAUUUAACUUGCCAUUCAUUUUAUUAAUAUUUUUGUUAUAUUUCUUCUGAAUUAAUAUUGCUGCUGCGUGUGCAUACGUUGUUUUACUGCUAAAAUAUUUUUCCUUAGGAGAGUGAUAGUAGGACUAGCAUACUGUAACUUGACACGAUUGCAAACGGACUAGCUGUCACUAACCCUUUAAUUGUCAUUUAUUUCAUUUAAAAUGUAGCUACCUGGUGGAUAACAAUUGCCAGUAUACCGAGCAAGUGACCGUUUUCAUCCCUUUUUACUUGCCCCGCGCUUGUCUGGGGAACUUCCACCAGCUUAUCAUUACACCCUCCCUCUUCUUUUCUCUCUCCCUGCACCGGCUGCA